AUGGAGGAGCGGAUUUCAAUGGGCGAAAAAAAUAUCAAGUUAACUAUACAUGCCAUCGAAAAUAUCAUAAGAAAGGAAGACACGAAUAUAUCAAUCACAGUAGAACAUAAUGGUGUUAUCUUGGGCGAGAGUAAUCCAACAUUAAUCAAAUCGGAUUGUAAAGACAACACAAUUCAUGUUAUCGAUUUCUCUGUUAAUUUGCCAGUUACUUUAAAAGAUAAACAAAUGGUUAAUUCAGUUGUAUCAAUUCCCGUACUAAUAAAAACUGUCCAAAUCAUAAAAGACGCGAUGGAAGCACAAACUCCGUCAGAUGAAGAUAAAAAAAAUGAAGUUAAGAAAAAGUCAAUAUUCAGUACAACAUCUGCAGCACUUCCCACAUCACAGUUAUUAGGGAUAUGCAAUUUCGAUUUGAUGCCAAUAAUAUUAGGGGAAAACAAUUUCACCGAGAAGCUAAUUUUAGAAACACCUACCUUUUCCUUUAAUGGUGAAUUAAUUUCGUGGCAGAAUCUUCCGCGUCUUACGGUAACAGCUUUGCAAGAUCGUGUACCGAUUUCUCAACCAAACGAAGCAAUGAACUUUCUUCACGUUACCAUCGAGAGCAUGUAUAAUAUACCAGAAAUUUUCACAGAAAGUCUUCAAUACAAAGCUGGCACGAUAGCGUAUAUUAAUAAUGAGGUUCCAGAAAACAUAAUUUUCGAUCAUGGUCUUUGGAUGAAGUAUCGGGACAUCGAGAGAACAAAACGAUGGAACAGUUUACGUCAUAUAGAAAAUCGAGCUCAGUUAUCUAAAUACAAACUGGACUGCGACUUUAUGGGAGUGCAAAAUAAAUUUAAUAAGCAGAUUGACUUAGCGAAGAAGAUAUGCGAAGAUAUGCCACGAAUAGAAUGGAAUUCUUUGAAUCGGUGUAUCUUAUGGGGGAGUGGAAUCGAAGCGAUGCGGGAUCAUAUUAGAAAGUACAAAUAUUGGCCCUUUCAAUUUGAAAUAACGGGGAAGACUUCUCCAACGAAAUCGAAAAACGCUUCAUCUACAACACAGUUGUAUCAAUGCUACGUCGAUGUCUCCGAACUUCUUUUCCCAGGCAGAAAAAAUUGCCGAGUCGUAGGACAAUUGUAUAAGUUCAAUCCUUCAGACAUGUCUGAAAAAGUAGGGCUCGAGCAAAAUAUUUUUAGUACAGGAACACAACGCAAAGAAGUGAAAGAGAAAGAUAAAAGAAGUAAAACAUCAAAGAACACGCAAUCGAUUCAAUCGGAAACUGAAACAGUACAAAAAGCAAGUGAACCAAUUACUAUAGAGAAUGGAGAGCCGACAAUCAUAGUAAUUGAAAUAGAACUUUACGAGCCUCUGGUCGCUUGUAGAAUCGAAAAGGACUUCACGAACUUAAUAAAUGAAAUGAUACCUAAAUCGGAAAAGAAACAACAUUAUAUAUAUUCUGCUGACGUAGCGGAAGCGCAGUACAUGCACUGUGUUCAAAAAUUGGCGCAGGUCCUCACAGAAUGUUAUCGAGACGAGUUAACGUGUUUCACUCAGUACCUUUACAAAACUGGAGUAUACUUAUCUGUACGCAAUACAUUGAGGAUGAAAAUUCCCCUCCUGAUAGAUCAAAAAUUCAAAAUGCCUAAAAAUUUAAUCGAUUCUAAGGAAUCUCAUAAUUUUAUCUGCUCUGUAUACACAUAUUUAGUGGAACAAAUGCAUCUUGCCAUAAAUCAAAUGCUCGAAUGCCGAUUUACGCAAGAUUUGGAAAAUGACCUAGACCUGAAGCUAGUAUAUUUCUAUGCUGAAGAAGCUUAUGAGCUUGGACAUUUCGAAGACGCUAGAGACUAUUAUACAAAAGUAAUAGCAUCGAAUAAAACUGACCCGCAUCCUUGGACACAAUAUGCCAUAUUCCUUAAGAAAAUAGGUGACAUCGAACGUGCAAAAGAAUGUUGCUUAGAAGCAAUCACUUUAAAUCAUCAACAUGCAAUGGCAUUAUUAGUGUAUGCGAUGAUUCUAUUUGAAAAUAGAGAAUACAAAGAAACUGAGAUUUUCCUCAGAGCUAUCACUUACUUACAUCCACGAUUUUUUGAAGGCUGGACUAUUUUACAUCUUUUUUUCAUACGAACAGAAUACUAUCCAGGAGUAGAUCUUACGCUUCGUAUUGCAAAGAAAUGUAUGCAAGACAAAUCUCGUACAAUAGUACUAGAUCAAGAACCACUUUCUUGGACCACGAUUCACUGUCCCAAUGAUAAUGUGUAUAUGAUGGUUACAACAUUUUUACUAAAACUGAACUUUUGUGAGCUAGCAGCACUCGCAUUAGCACAGGAAAUGGAAAAUUCCGGUCGAUCAAUGCAGGUUCUAUAUUACAUGGCAGUAGAACAUUAUAUGUCUGGCAAAUACGAGAAUGCAUUAUCGCAUUUAGAAGAAAUUCGAUGCGAUUAUGGAAUGGAUUAUUCGGUUAGUAGUUUAACGGGCCAUUGUUACUUCAAAAUAGGAAACACAGAAAAGGCAAUAGAAUGCUACGAAUUUGCACGUAUGCUAUUUGAUAGACCUGAUGAUCUACAUUUAGUGGAAGUUAGAUUGGGAUAUUAUUAUUACGAUACUGGAAAUUUCGAUCGCGCAAGAAAGAUUUUUUUGAGCGCAUGCAAAUCCUCACCAACUUGUCUAACUUGGUUAGGAUUUGGUAUCAGUUGUUAUGAGUUGAACCAGUUUCACGAGGCAGAAAUGUCUCUGUCUGAAGCAAAUAGGAUUAAUAAUCACAAUGUGGAUGUGUGGGGCUAUUUAUGCCUUUUAAAUAUGACGCUUGAAAGAUACGACGAGUUUGCGCAAUGCUAUGCGGAAAUGAUCAAAUAUCAGAAUAAUCUUAAAGAUAGAAAACUGUGGCUGAGAAUAACGAACCUGAUGAAAGCUUUGGAUUACGCACCACCAAAUUUAAAACAAGCCAAUGAGGAGAAUCAUAGCACAGAGGGGUUUGAGGAACAAUUUGAAAACUAAUGGCACCUAAACAAAAUUUAAAAAAGACACGAACUCGUAAAAUGAAGGAUUACAAUGGCACUUAUUUUUAAUCGGUGGAAAUAAUUAAAAUAACAAAAAAAGAAA